GCAGCUGAUUGGUUACUGCUCAGACAUCCAGGCCCAAUCCUACAAUAUAAACCAUCUUAGUUCUCCUUUAUCUCACGGUGGAUAACUAGCCAGUCCACAACUGCAGCCACAAUGACCAGACUUCCUCUCCUCGCAGGACUUUGCCUGUUAUUUAUUCAUCUUGGUUCAGCCUAUCAGCUCAUAUGCUACUUCACCAACUGGUCCCAGUACAGACCGGCUCCAGUGAAGUUUGUGCCUGACAAUAUCGAUCCCUUCCUGUGCACACAUCUGAUCUACGCAUUCUCCAUCGUUAACUCCGCAAACCAGCUCGCUACCUACGAGUGGAACGACGAGACUCUCUACCAGUCUUUCAAUAGUCUGAAGCAAACUAAUCCAAGCUUGAAGACACUUUUAGCGGUCGGAGGAUGGAACUUUGGUUCGAAUCAAUUCUCUACCAUGGUGUCCAGCCAAGCAAACAGGAACACAUUCAUCCAGUCCUCCAUCACCUUUCUAAGAAAAUAUGGAUUCGAUGGACUGGAUCUAGACUGGGAGUAUCCUGCAGCCCGAGGCAGUCCUCCAGAGGACAAGCAAAGGUUCACUCUGCUCUGUCAGGAGCUUCAACAGGCCUACGAGGCCGAAAGCAGAGCCACAGGAAAUCCUCAGCUCAUGCUCACAGCUGCAGUCUCUGCUGGAAAAUUAACUACAGAUGCUGGAUAUGAAAUUGCUGAGAUCGCCAGGUACCUGGACUUCAUUAAUGUGAUGACCUAUGACUUUCAUGGGACUUGGGAGAGUGUCACUGGCCACAACAGUCCCCUGUAUCAGUGGUCUCAGGAAACCGGAGCCGAAACAUACCUUAAUACUAAUUAUUCGAUGACAUACUGGAAGAAUCAGGGAGCUCCAGUGGAGAAGUUGAGGAUGGGGUUUGCUACAUACGGCAGAACUUUCCAGUUGUCGUCUACAGCGAGUGGCCUGGGAGCUCCAACGAGUGGCCCUGCUGCUGCUGGCACCUACACCAGGGAGGCCGGCUUCUGGUCUUAUUAUGAGGUCUGCAGCUUCCUUCAAGGAACCAGCACACAGUGGAUCCAGGAUCAAAAAGUGCCCUAUGCUACGAAAGAGGGUCAGUGGGUUGGAUUUGACAACAAGGAGAGCUUUAACACGAAGGUCACCUACCUCAAAGAUAAUAUGUUUGGAGGGGCCUUUGUGUGGUCUCUUGAUUUAGAUGAUUUUACUGGACAGUUUUGUGGACUGGGAAAAUACCCUCUCAUCAGUGAGCUCAAGAAACUGCUAAACAACGGUUCUACUGCUGAAGGUUCUUCUGCUGAAAAUCCUCCAGCUAAAGGUCCUACUGCUGAAGGUCCUACUGCUGAAGGUUCUACCACUCCUUCGGCCAAAAAUCCUCCAGCUGAAACUUCUCCAGCUGAUCCACUUCAGUAUUGUGAAGACAGGAAAGAUGGUAUUUACCCAAAUCCUUCAGAUAAUAAAUCUUUUAUCCUGUGUGCUGCUAGGAGACAGUUUGUACAGUCCUGCCCUCCUGGCACCGUCUACAGUGUGAGCUGCAAAUGCUGCGACUGGCCCAAAAACUAGCACAGGUUAUUACUGAAGACAUGAUUAAAACGACAUUUGUUACAGAUUUAUAUGAACAUGGCUACACACCUAGCAUGAUACUUUUGCAAUCAUUUUUCUAUCUGUAAACAAUAUUCAAGAUUUCUUCUAUUUUAAAUCGUUGAUCUUUUCUAAUGUGAUUUAAUUAUGAUGAGUAUUUUAUUUUUCUAUAGCACUGGCUUGAGAAAAGAAAAGUGAUAUAGACAGUCGUACAAAUUAUGAAGCUCUGUGU